UCCGGACUGACAUUCUAACUUCACCCUCUACAGUCCCAUUGUCGCCGUUCCAGCGAAGACCAAGAUCUGGUAUUCCAUCAACGAGUCUGAUCAGUUUUCUGUAUCACCAGAAGUUCUCUGAUUUUCUUCCGCCCAAGAUUUUCUACAGCGCUGCAGAGGUGGAUAUGACGACGCCGACGCUCGGUUCUUCUCUCCAACCUUGUCGAAGCCACAGUAGGCCGUCCUGGCUCCAUGCAACUCUUACAGAUUUGGAAGAUAAGGUGAAAAGUCUUGCUCUGAGUCUCCCUAAGGAAGACGAGUCUGACUCGUUUGCAGAACGCGCUGAGAAUUAUUACAGAAAGCGCCCUCAGCUACUAACCCUCGUUCAAGAUCUCUACAAUGGCUACGUCUCCUUAGCCGACCGUUACUGCCAAUCUGUCACAAAGAACCAAAUCUCAUCUCAACUCUCAGUGGUCACUUCCGAUAUCGACGAAGAUGGGGACAACCAGAUUGAUUCCGAUGCCGAGAGUUCACUCUCUUAUCAACCUCCGCCACCGCAGAGCACCACCGAGGAUGCAGCAACAGCAGCAGCAGCGGCGGACCCCGACGCCCUUGUGGCGGAGCUUGUGAGCAAGACGAUCGACUACGAGAUUCUUCUUAAUGAGAUGACCAUUCUAGAGAAGUGCAACACUGAAUCUUCGAGGAAGAUCGAGCUGCAGAAGAGUCUACUAGAGGUGUUGGAAUCGGAACGGCUGAUUCUUCUGAACGAGAACGCGAGGUUGGGGUUCCGAGUGUCGGCGCUGACGGAGGAGAACAAAGGGUUGGCGACGGAAUCUGCUUUCAUGAAGAGGAAGGCGAGUGAGCUGGCGAGGUGCGUGCUGAAGAUGAGAGACGAUCACAGGGUCUGUCUGCUGAGUCGUAAGAUUGAGGAUCUUCAGGGGCAGAUAUAUGGGUUGGAGAAGAGGAACAAGGAGUACUACGAGCAGUUGGUGAAGAGGGAAGAACAAGAGAAGAAGAAGAAGGAGAUGGCUUUGGAGGUUUGUUUUGAGGUGGAGAAGCUGAAGUUAGAGAACGAGCAGCUAAGGGAGAAGACCAUGAGAGCAGGAGACGAUGGGAGACAUCAGACUUCGAAUUCCAGCUCUAGGUGGUGGGACCGGGUCAGGAAGCUUGAAACACUGCUUUUGUGUGGCUCUCCUGGAUCUACUCCUUUUUGAUCAGACGAUCAGAGACAAAUCUUAUAGUCAAUCAAUAUAUAUAUAUAUAUAUAUAUAAAUAUGUAGUCAGCUGUCUAGAGGCAAGUUGAACGAUAUUUUGCCCUUCAUUUCUAUAUAUAAUUCACAGGCUGGUUAAUGACUGGUCCAAAGACUGUUGAGGAAUGAGCACUUGGUAAAUUUAUAUAAAAUUAUAGGUAAAAGAGAAAAGAAAAGUAGAUAUCGACAUGGGUAUUGAUUAGCCCUGGCAGAAGCAUGUUCAUGUUAUUACUUUCUUGGAGCAUA